UUUUCAUUCAUUUCUUCGGUCCUUCUGCAGUGUCUUCAUAAUUGCUUUGUUUCUAUCUUUGCAACUGUGCAAUUAUCACCAUCCCCGGCGCCUUUGCAGGUUUUUUCAACUGUUUAUAUAUAUAUAUAUAUAUAUAUAUAUAUCUUGUUGCACGUUUAAACAAUCAAAGCUUUUGGCCAUGGAUUCUGGUAACAGUAGUAGUAUGCAAUCUUCGAGUGGUGGUGAUGAAGAGUAUGAUUCACGGCCAGAGUCACUUCCAGCUUUUUUGAACACUUCAGGCCACUUUAAUCCCUUAUCAAAUCCACAUCCGUCACUUGUCUCGCACCACCAAGACCACCCACCCACUUUCUUUGAUCCGUCAUCAAACUAUCUCAACCCCUUCUCUCAAUCCCAGCCAAACAAUUCACUGCUAAAUCUUGACGGCGGGGUUAGGCCCCGGGGUCUAAGAUCUGAGCCCAACUGCACUGACCUCGGUAACCUACCAGGCUCAUCAUCAUCAAGCCAGUCUAUGUUAGGUGCGCAAGGACUCAACCAAGGUUCAUUCCCAAGCUCAUCAUCGAUGCAAUCAAGGCCAGCUCAUGACAAUGGUGCAAGAUCUUUAGCACAAUCUGAUCAGACAAGUGUUGUCAAGAACCCCAAGAAGCGAACAAGAGCAUCAAGGAGAGCACCCACUACAGUUCUCACCACCGACACAACGAAUUUUAGAGCAAUGGUGCAAGAAUUCACUGGAAUCCCUGCACCACCAUUUUCGGGUUCAUCAUAUUCUCGUAGGCUCGAUCUUUUUGGCUCUGGCUCAGGUAUGCGGUCUAGUCAUUUGGAACCUUUAGGUUCUCUCUACCCUCUACGUCCCUCAGCUAAAAGGGUUCAGCCUACUCCAUUUGUAUCCUCGUCUUCUCCUUCAUUGUUAAAUAAUCCUUUAGUUGAUGCUGCUAAUAUUACCAAUACUACAAGCAAUAGCACCAUUCCCACUUCUAUCGCUGCCACAACUAAUGCUUUCAAUCCAACUUCUAGUAACUAUCAACUCCCUUCCGAUUUAAGCCUACUAAAGCAGCCUCAGAAUAUGUUAAACUUGCAGAACCAAAGCCCCGUCCUAUCUUUCCAGUCCUUCUUACAGCCUCCUACUCUUCACCCUUCUCUUAACUUGCCUGGUUUUGGUGUGAAGUCCCAGGGAAGCUCAGCCAUGCCUUCCCUUGACGAAUUGGGCAUGAGUCAUGGUCAUGUUAAUGCAAACCUCGGUGGAUUACAAAGUCAUGUAACACCAGACGGGCCACGUCUAAGGAGUGAUAGCAACUGGAGAGAUGGGGUUGGUUUGAACGAUGGGAAUCAAGAUCAUUUGAGGCCUUUAGAUGGGAAUUAUGGUCAUGAUCAUCAAAAUUCACAAAGAGUUAAUAACAGCUGCAAGUUGAACUUCUCGGCUUCCUCAUCAGAUUUUCACCAUGACAAGGGGUUAGACAACGUUUCUUCUAGAGCUGAAGGUACAGUUGAUUCAUGGAUUUGUCCUGCAGAGUAGAAUUACUUACUAGAAACUUGAUUAAAGUGCAGAAAAUAUCCAUGAAGAAGAAACUAGAAUUUAAAUGUGAAGAGGGUUUGGCAGCAGUAAUCGUAUUCUCCCUCUCUCUAUCUCUCUCUCUCUCUCUUUUUCUUUUUGUUCAUUUUAGAAAUAAAUAAGAAAUUUAAUUAACAUACGUUCCAUCAAAAUACUUAUUAGUUUCAGUCAGAUAUGUGCAGAUAUAUUUUGUCCUUCUUCUUUAUUGGGAUUAAACACUUACAUAGUACACAAUUUAAUUUAAAGAACUCACGAAUUAUUUUUUUUUUCUUUUA